GGUGGGUAAUAGAGUUUCUCACUUUCCCCCUUUAACAGAAGGGAUUUUCUAAUUCUUCUCCAUUUUCUGUUCCACUCUAUUACUUGAGAAAAUCUGAGAAUCGACGUCCUCUCCUCUCCGAUUCUGAUGACUUCAGAUUUUGCAACAGUUCCAGCUGAACUUGAAGCAGCUUUGCGGUUGAAGACUGUCCAAUACUAUGUAACUCAAAGGCCAUGGCUUAGUACCGCAUCAAGCCUCUAAAACCUUUUAUAUUCAAAUUAUAAUUAUGUUUUUGCAAAAAUUAGACCAGUUGCACCCUUUGGAGGCACAAGUAGCAAACCUCAUGUUGAUCUUGCACUUAUACACUGGUGCUUGCAAGAUGAGUUGCUUUAUGAGGUAUUUCAGCAUUACCAGUUUUUGCAGAAACCAGAAAGAGAUAAUAACUAAAAUGUAGUUUGAAUUCUGGAAAUUGAUAUGCAGGUCUUUUCAAGGAUGAAUCCAUAUGAUCUUGGAAGGGCAUCAUGUGUUUCUCGAAAAUGGAGGUACACAAUUUGUAACCCUUUGUUUUGGUGUAAUGCAUGCCUAAAGGCUUGUUAGGUAAAAUUUUGUGUUGAUUUUGAUUUCUUUAGUAGGUUAUUAUAUGUUGAUCAUCAAAUUUGAAAAUUAGUGCCUCUUUUAUGAAAGCUCUCUGGAGUUUUGGAGAACUAUAAGAUUUUGCAGUCAAAAUAUGAAGGGUCAUGGAGAAAAAAUGUGGCUAUUAAGACUAAGGGUCAGAACAGACGGUAAGAUUUAUCCCUUAUCUGGUUUUAAUUUGGAAUGUAUUGACUUUUAUAAAUUUUUCUCCUCUUUCUCUUUCUCUCUUUUAUCCUGUUUGGUAUUUGGGGUGUGGGUGGUUUGAACUUAGGAUCUUCCAGAGCCUCAAAUGUCCUUUAGCCACACAGUUGUCAAAGUUUUGGCUCAGGUUUAUAAUCUCUCUCUUUUUUUUCUUUUCUUUUUUUUUUAAUAUUGAAAUUAUGUAUGGUAAUGUUCUUGAUUUUGCAAAAUUGAAACAAUAAUUAUUUUCAGAGUUUAAGGACCCUGAACAAGCAUUUUCUGUGUUAGAUGAUGGUCUAUCUUAGGUUUUCAAGGAGAACCUUUAGACUGCCAACAUGUUUCAUUUAUCAAGAGUGUAAUUUGCGUCAAA